CCGGAAGCUCCUGAGGCGUUUCAGUGCUGUAGCUGAAAAAUAAACGAAUUUCUAAAAAGACACGAAAACAUAAACGGAAUAAAUAAAUAAAUCUGUUUUCUGACUGAACGAAUGCACCUCCAUCAGGAGCGCUAGGCGUUCCCUCUCUCUCUCUCAUGGCGUCUUCAGAAGACGAGUUCCCGACCCUGAAGCCGCGCCGCAUUCAGAACCAGAACGUGGUGCACAGGCUGGAGCUGCGGCGCAUCAGCUCGGGCCGACCCGGCGCUCACUGGUACCGCGUUCGCUGUUUCCACCAGAACCUCUUCCCCAACUUCACCGCCGUCAACGUUGAGAAGCCGCCGUGUUUCCUGCGGAAGUUCUCUCCGGACGGCCACUGCUUCGUCGCGUUCUCCUCGGACCAGACCUCGCUGGAGAUCUAUGGGUUCCGUGGCUGCCAGGCAGCCGAGGAUCUGCUCCAGGAGCACGACAGGGGCCGAGACGACGAGGUCCUGAGCGAGAACGUGCGAGCGCGUCUGUUCUCACGCUUUUUCUCGCUGCUUCACGUGACCAGCGUGGCGUCGAACGGCGAGCACCUGAACCGCGAGUGCAGCCUGUUCACGGACGACGGGCGCUACGUGAUCGUGGGCUCUGCGGCGUACCUGCCCGACGAGCCUCAACCGCACUUUUUUGAGGUUUAUCGCAAUAAUGAGGCGGUGACCCCCAACCCCCGCUCGCCGCUCGAGGACUACUCGCUCCACAUCGUCGACCUGCACACGGGACGCCUCUGUGACACGCGCGCCUUUAAGUGUGAUAAAAUCAUCCUCUCGCAUAAUCAGGGACUUUACCUGUACAGGAACAUUCUCGCCGUCCUCUCCGUCCAGCAGCAGACAAUCCACGUCUUUCAGGUGACGGCGGAGGGGACGUUCCUGGACGUGCGUACAAUCGGGCGGUUCUGUUAUGAGGACGACCUGUUGACGCUGUCGGCGGUGUACUCGGAGGCGCAGGCCGAGGGCCCGGCCGGGUUCUCGCGGCUCUAUAAGGAGAAGAGCAUCAGCUCUCUGAAGCACCGGCUGCUGGUGUUCCUGUGGAGACGAGCCGAGCGCGACGGCAGCGCCACCGCCAAGCGCCGCUUCUUCCAGUUCUUCGACCAGCUGCGGCAGCUGCGCAUGUGGAAAAUGCAGCUGCUGGAUGAGAAUCACCUGCUGAUCAAAUACACCAGCGAGGACGUGGUCACCCUGCGCGUCACCGACCCCUCACAGCCGUCCUUCUUCGUGGUCUAUAACAUGGUGAGCACGGAGGUGAUCGCGGUCUUUGAGAACACCUCGGACCAGCUGCUGGAGCUGUUUGAAAACUUCUGUGAUCUGUUCCGUAACGCCACGCUGCACAGUGAGGCUGUACAGUUCCCCUGCUCCGCCUCCAGCAACAACUACGCCCGGCAGGUCCAGCGCAGGUUUAAGGACACUAUAGUGAAUGCGAAGUACGGCGGUCACACGGAGGCGGUGCGGCGUUUGCUCGGGCAGCUUCCCAUCAGCGCUCAGUCGUACAGCAGCAGCCCGUACCUCGACCUCUCGCUCUUCAGCUAUGACGACAAGUGGGUCUCUGUAAUGGAGCGCCCCAAAACCUGUGGAGAUCACCCCAUACGGUUUUAUGCCCGAGACUCUGGCUUGUUGAAGUUUAAAAUCCAGGCCGGUCUCCUGGGUCGGCCGAUUAACCACACCGUGCGCCGCCUGGUCGCCUUCACCUUCCACCCGUUCGAACCGUUCGCCAUCUCGGUGCAGCGCACCAACGCAGAGUACGUCGUCAACUUCCACAUGCGCCACAGCUGCUCGUGAGAAAGCGCACAUCGUCUGUUUCAGAGAACACUAACGUCCAUGCUGUACUUUUACAAAUCAUUUUCUCUUUUUUUGUAUUAAAUCUCUAUUUAUUGUAAAUACAAUAUGACCACUUUAUUCCAUGAAAUUAUUUUUUUAUUGUAAAUAAAA